AGCGUCUGUGAGGCGGACUGCGGAACGUUGAAUGUUGUGUUGUGAUGCAAACAAAACAUGGACUUGGAGUUUAUGAAAUACAAAUUUCAAGAUGGAUACGAUGGAGUUAUCACUAAAAGUAAGUGUCAGGUGGGCGUGCGGCACGUGCAGGUGGCGUACAUGGUGCUAUGUGCGGUAGCAAUGGGCGCGUUGCGCUCCAGCGCCGGCGUUGCGCUACUUACCAUGACAGAUGUCUCGCAACGCAACGACUCUUAUGUUCAAACCCAGGAGUGGGACACGGGCGUGCAGGGCGCGGUGCUGUGGUCUUUCCUGUGCGGGCACGCGCUGGCUCUGCUACCCGCCGAGCUGCACUUGGCGCGUUUCGGAGACAAAUUCGUUGUCACGGCUGUGCUCCUCAUCAAUGGCAGUCUAACCGCCGCUAUGCCUACCAUCGUCAACAGGAAGAGGCUGAGCGUGCCGUGGCGCAGCAUGUUGCGCUGCCGGCGGUUGGCGGGGCUGGCGCUAGCACACGCCGCCAACAACGCGCUAUUCCUCUUCUACCUGGUGGACGUGCCGAUGUACCUGAGGUCAACGGGACUGACGCUGCAACAGUGCGGAGUACAAUCAAUGAUACCCUUCAUAGUUUUAUUGACUCUUUACACAACCAUCGGUCCCACAUUCCGCUGCUUGUUGAAGUCCAAUUUGUUGGCUCACGUCCUUAACGUCACAUACUUAUGGAAAGUGGUCAAUGCUCUAGGAACUUUAUCGAUCGUGUCGGGGCUAGCGGUGGCCGCCAACGUGCCGGCUGAAUGGGACUAUUUAAGACUAUGCGUAUUAAUUGCUACGCUGGGAUUACUCGCAUUCCAAUAUUCCGGCUUUGUUGAAGACGUUUAUGAUUUAAGUGAAAAUUACUGCGGUACAUUGGUCGUAAUAACGAGUACAUUUGCCAGCUUAGCGGGCGCAGCAGUGCCCUUGCUCACUGGGAUGAUUCUCAAAUAUCAAAAGGUGAGCUAUAAAGUAUCAACGACCUACCGCAGAUGA